CCCAGUUUGUCGUUGAAAGGUGUUGAAAAGUUGCAUAAACAAGCAAGCUGUUCGCGAACGAGUUCGCGUAUUAUGUACAGGCAUCGUGUGGUGUUGUUUGAAGUGAUAGAUGGCUGAGCUUUAGAAAAAAAAAUAGAAGAAAUCGGCCUCUAUAGCUUUUGCUAGUCAAUGUUGCAUUUGUAAACUCAGUACCGAAUUAGUUGAAUCUGACGACAAAGGAUAAAAGUCGCAAACGAACGUAUCGUUCUUCGGUGUCGGAUCCCAUAUGUUUGCACUAUCAUAUGAAAUUCGCCUAUGAUGAGUGAUAUGACAAGAAAGCCCGUUGGUGCUUUCUAAGCGAGAGAAUUCUUAAAUAGUGUUUUUGGUAAAAUAGUGCCAUACAAGAGUAAAUACGACGACUAAGAAUAUGUUGGACUUUCAAGCCGUGGUGCUUGCAGCGGGCAAAGGCAGUCGCAUAACAGAUCUAGUGGCCAGCGACGAAUUUAAAUGCAGUAUCCAAAUUGCAAACAAACCAAUGUUGUUUUACCCAUUGCGGAAUCUUCAGAACGCAGGCUUCACCGAAGUAACCGUAAUCGUGCCAACAAAGUAUAAACCCGACGAUACAAUAGCUGGUGAGUUGCAGUUAAAAAUUGAUUACGUUUACGUGAACAUCGACACCGAGGAACAAGGCACGGCGGAAAGUGUGCGACUAAUUAGGGACAAAAUUAAGCCGAAUAGGCAUAUAUUGCUUGUGACGUGUGAUCUAGUGACGAAUAUUGAUCUUAGCGAACUCUGCGUACGUCAACGGGUCAGUGAUGCCCUUUUGACAGCCUUACUAGCACCCCUGCCUCCACAACUUUCGCAGAGCAGCGUGCCUGGAACUCGGAAGAAAUACCAACCUGAACGAGACAUUGUAGCUCUUGAAACGGAAACUAACCGUCUUCUACAAUUCGGGGCGGUGGCAGAUUACUCAGAGCGGAUUCCCUUUUGCAUGAGGAUUCUGCGCCAGUUUCCCAAUAUGCAGGUACACUCCGACCUCCUCGAUUGUCACGUAUAUGCCCUUCACCCUCGGGCUGUAGAGUUUAUUAUGACGAAUAAAUUGCUGGCAACAUUUAAGGGCGAGGUAUUGCCAAAACUCGUGCUGAAGCAGUUUAGUAAGAAGGACCUUAAGGAGCAGAACCGGCCCGAUGGAGAUAAUUUCGACAGUUUAAGGUGUUAUGCUCUAGUAUCGAAAUGUUUUGCUCUAAGGGUUAACAACCUGCAAGCGUACAAGGUUGCCAAUGGCGAGGUGCAGAAUAUCUUCAAGGAGCUAUACCGCCCGGGCGCGAAUGUAUCGAAGGAUGAGGCCCAACCAUGGCCUAGAGAUAAAGUGAAUAAGAAUGUGCUGGGUGCAAGAGUGACGAUUGGCCAGGGCUGUAAGGUUACGUCAUCUGUUUUGCAUGAUGAUGUCAAAAUUAGCGAUGACGCAAUGGUGAUUAAUUCGAUUAUUUGUCGCGGAUGUGUCAUCGGGGCAAAGGCGAGCGUGGUGAAUUCGUUUAUCGGAGUCCGGGCCAUAAUUCCCGAGGGCCGAGUUGUUAAUAAUGAAAGUAUCGGCAUAUCAAAUAUGGAAUUUGAAUAAAUGAUCAAGCAUUAAUACGACAAAAAUUUCUCGUUUUCGAAGUCGAAGUUUCGAAGUUUUGAUUCGAGUGUUUCUUGUUUUGCAUCAGAUUAGCAGGAGGUGUUUCUGAUGAACGUCUGUAUGAAAAUUGACAACAAUUGAAUCGUGUUUUGUCGUUAUUAAUAUAUAAAGCAAAUUUGAUAAAUUUAUUUGAUGACUUUAAGUACAUCUAUAUGCACAUCCUGUAUUGUUAGUACAACAGUUUUAAGCUUUUGAUCAACGUGUUCGUCUGCCUAAUACAGAAAGUUCUCAAAAAUUUUUUUCUCACACAGGACCGGGUGAACGAUAGGCUAAUCGCAUCGUAGUGCUGAAUGAGUAGAUAAUAUAACAACAAAAUUUUUCUUCCUUUGAAGUGUUGUGGGAACAGGCUGUCCAGUCAGUACAUCAAUUUGAUAAAAAUAAUAGCUAUUAAUUACUGAUCUAUGUAGAAACCUAUGGAACCUAAUUAAAACUAUGCACGCAAGCGGGAUAGUACUGUUACAACCAUUUUACUGUGUAAUAGAAAAACAACAGCUAGAAUAUCGCGUCUGCUCGUUGUCGUGAUGGACCACCAAAAAAACUUAUUCCAACGGUUUGUUCAGCUGUCUAGGAUAAUAUUCUUUAAUGUCACCAUCAGUGGAGCUGAGUGUGUCUGACUUCAACAUCGAUAUCCUGGCCAGCUCCUUUAGCUCGGCUAGUUCUUAACGGUGAUAAAGUCCUAUCUGCUGUUUUCUACAGACAAAAAAGAAAGCAAGAUUUUUCUUUCCGGCACACGAUAAUAGAUAUCAACUUUUUUCUGCAUUUUUUCAUGCGCUGAUCAGCGGCGGGGGAACCUGCAACUGUUCCCAGACAGUACGUUAAGCGCAUCGUCUAAAACACUAGUAAAAUCGAUGUCAGCUUAAAUCGUCCAUUUAAAAAUCCUAAUUCAAGCGGACCAGUUGAUAAUGGCUCGGUAUGUUGCACCGCGUAUAUACUAAGCUUACCUAUUCUUCUAGAAUCUAUUAGUAAGAGUGUAAAAGAACAUGCAGUUUUAAUAUGUAGUGGCAAAAUGCAGCAAAAAGUGCAGAGAAGAUGCAACGAACUGGUUGAAAAAAAAGACAUUGUUCAUUGUACUCUGGAAAAAUUAUGAAUCAAAUUGCGGUAGCAAUUAUUUAGUCAGUGUUCGAAGAGCAAAUACGAUAGAAUUUUCACGGCGAAAGCUUGUAAAUUGAUAUUUGGAAAUUUUCACAAAUUUCAUAUAGUUUUUAGAAGAAAACUACAUAACUGGUACUGACUUGAUUCAACCUCACAUGCUGAAAAGAAGUAUACAAAAAUGAUGACAGGAGAGAAAGUCGGCUCGAAGAUCUUACCCGUCUCUAAGGGCAUUUCCGUUGCUAAGCUGUGCGCUUAAAACUAGAGAUUCAAGAUUUACAAAAAUUGGUAAAAUUCAACAUUUUGAUAGGCAUCAAUAUUAUGAAGCUCUUAUCGCCAAACCCGAACUAACAAGUGCCAAUUAGCUUUCCCUAAAGCUCCUAAAGCAGCAAGUAUUUUUUUAAAUUAGACUAUAUCCCUUUCGCCGCUUCCUUCCACUAGACGUGGAACGAUAAUGGAAGCGGCUACAUUCUAGAAUCAUUUCGUCUACGUUUUCUACUUAAUAGUAGCGAAAUAUAUCUGCGCAGGAGCGCAUAUUUGACAUAUAUCAGUCCACUUAUGUAGAGUCAGUUUCUAUGCACAUAUUAUGGAUCCGUUGAAUUUGUGUACCACUAAUUCAAGUCUGUUUCAACGAGUGCUUGGCUCACCAGAGAACAGACUAUGAACGACAAGCAAGUCAGCAUGAUGUAAAGUACGUUGACCUAAGAUACAUGCGCUCUUCACCUCCGUCAAUACAGUGAAGCUGUUCUAUACUUAGAGCCGUAACUGUUUAAGUUACCAUCUGCUAUUAACCAACGAAGCUGAUCUGUCAAACCACAAGUAAUUAGAUGCAAACAACGUUAAUAAAAAUAAGCUAGAUAUUAAAAAGAAAAGUUGGCUUGUUCACACAGUAUCGAAAAUCAGUCUCUUCACGACCAAGAUUUUAUAGUUACCGCAACAAGUGUUUUGAAUAACUAAUCUUUCGAUUUGUGCAUGCUCCAAAGCACGGAACUUAAGUAAGUAUUUUUAUAUAAAUUAUAAAUUUUAGAAAGUAGCUUAAUAGAUCAUUGCACAUUUACUGUCGUUUGUGUGGGUAAAUAAAGAGAUUCAUCGUCAACAACUUCUCAAUGAACAGUGAAACCUCUAAUGCAAUUGUUCGUGAGAACAAGAUUUCUGUCGUUUUGAGUAAAACAAAAUAACGAGAU